CUAAAUGGGGGGGAGGGCAACUCUUGCAGGAAGUAGGUGGGUUAGGGUACAAAUGAAGGGGCUAUGGUUAGGGUGUCACAUACAGACAUAUAAAGGAGUUCAAAGUAAAACUGAAGGAAGGAGACAAGAGACACGCAUCUUCAACGAGAGGUGCUGUGGGACUGAAGAGCCGAGACAUGAGGACUCCAAGCUUGCUGGGGGUCGCACUCCUCUGCCUGUUUGCCAUGCCUGCUGCAACGGAUGAUGGCUCCGUCUCUGUGGAAGCACGGCAGUACUGCGCCAGCAACUUCCCAAAACCCUGUGGUGUAAAGAACUUUAAGGACUGGUACAAAGUGGGCCCCUACUGUGCAAAGUAUUUCAACACACCAAGCUCCUUCCCUGAUGCCGAGUUUGCUUGCAGACAAAAGGCCGCAGGGGGUCACCUGGUCUCUGUGCAUGAAGAACAAGCAAACUCUGAUGUCCUCUGCAUUGUGAUGAAAUAUAACUACUCCUCACCAAGGAUCUGGUUGGGUGCGAUGGAGCUUUUCCAGUCAAAGAAGUUCAUCUGGACAGAUGGUUCUCUUUGGAAUUUCGAGAAAUGGGUUCCAGGUCAACCAGACAACACCCACAAUGCUGAGGACUGUGUGGAGAUGAACUGGAAUAACACGGGACUUUGGAAUGAUGAUAGCUGUGAGAGGAAGAAAAACUUUGUUUGCUCCUUCAAGCCGGGAGGUAGAGUCUGAAAAACAGUUGAAAGGUUUCUCAUCCCUAAUUUCAAAUGUCAAGUGACACAAAGAAAGUGAAAUAAAGGGCAGGAUUCAUGCACAAGUACAAGAUGAGCAAAAAUCGCAGAACUCUGAAACGCUUCGCUGAACUCAUGCAACAUAAAAUAAAUAAAAAAAUGGAUGGACUGCA